GACGGACCAGAGCGGGUUGUGUGUGGAUAAGCAGCAGAGGAGCGCACGGCUGAGGACUCUGUAGCGCAACUCCAAACACAAAUGGAUAUUUACGUGGCUUUGUUUUCUCUUUUCUUUUUUACCAAACCAGCUUUGGCUUUUGGAUCAGAUCAAGACUACCAGAUUGAUAUCAUCAACGAACUUGACCUGGCAAAUGCCACCUAUGGAAUUACUCAAGUGGCAGGGCUUCACAACAGCAGCAAAGCCUUUCUCUUCAGAGAUGUUGGGAGAGCAGUUCACGCCCCUGCACACAUCACAGAGAAAGUGGUGCAGCUGUUCAAGAGGAAAAGUGAGUUUACCUUCUUGGCCUCCAUCCAGCAGAAGUCCUCCACGUCAGGAGUCAUUUUCUCCAUCCACGAGUCGGAACACAGUUACUUUGAGCUGGAGAGCAGCGGGGUGAGGGAGGAGAUCCGCUACCACUACCGUUUCAAAGGCAAGCCGCGCUCCGAGUCCUUCCCCUACCGCCUCGCUGACGGCCAGUGGCACAAGAUCGCCCUCACCAUCAGCGCCACCCACCUACUGCUGCACGUCGACUGUAACAGGAUUUAUGAGCGGGUGAUAGACCCUCCCCAGAUGGAGAUCACCCCGGGCAGUGGAGUGUGGCUCGGCCAGCACAGCCACAAGCACGGCCUGUUCAAGGGUGUUAUCCAGGAUGUGAAGCUGAUAUUCGCUCCAAACGGCUACAUCACGCAGUGCCCCAACCUUAACCGCACCUGUCCGACCUGCAGUGAUUUCCUGAGCCUGGUGCAAGGCAUCAUGGACCUUCAGGAGCUACUGGCCAAGAUGACCCUGAAGUUGAACUACGCAGAGACGAGGCUAACCCAAUUGGAGGGCUGUCACUGCGAGAGGACCUGCAGCGCCAACGGCCUGGUGUACAGGGAUAAGGAGCUGUGGGUGGAGCCCGAGAACUGUAGGAACUGUGCAUGUAAGAAUGGUGUGGUGGAGUGUCGCAGGAUUUUCUGUCCUCCAGCAAACUGCUCAGAGGACUCGCUGCCUGUACAUGUUGAUGGGACUUGCUGCAAGAAAUGCAGACCGAGAUGCACCUACAUGGGCCAGACCUUUUCCGAAGGCCAGCGCUUUCUAUCCAGGAGCUGCAGGGAAUGCAAGAAUGGCCUGAUGGUGAAAGUCACAGAAACUUGUCCAGAGCUUAACUGCACUGUCAGUGAACAGAUCCUACCAGAUGGCCGAUGCUGCAAUGUUUGUAGAGGUUAUAACUUCUGCGCAGAGGGACUCAUUUGUGGAGAAAACUCUGAAUGUAAAAACCGGAAUACUAAAGCAGAGUGUGAGUGCAAGAGCGGCUUUGCCUCCAUCCACGGGGACUCGACUUACUGUGAAGAUAUUGAUGAGUGUGCGACCCAGAUGCACUACUGCCAGUCCAACACGGUCUGUGUCAACCUGCCCGGCAGCCAUCGCUGUGACUGUCUGCCCGGCUUCAUCAGAGUGGACGAAUACUCCUGCACCGAGCAUGACGAUUGCGCCAGCGGCCAAGAUGAGUGUGAUGAGAACGCCAUCUGCACCAACACCAUCAGAGGACACCUGUGUACCUGCAAGCCGGGCUACGUGGGCAACGGCACCAUCUGCAGAGCUUUCUGCGAGGAGGGUUGCAGGAGCGGCGGGACCUGUGUGUCUCCCAACACGUGUGUGUGUCCCUCAGGAUUUACAGGACGCCGUUGUGAGACAGAUAUUGACGAGUGUGCAGAGGGCCUGAUCGAGUGCCACAAUCACUCUCGCUGUGUCAACCUGCCCGGCUGGUACCACUGUGAGUGCAGAAGUGGUUUCCAUGACAAUGGCUCCUACCUGCUCGAUGGGAGAUCCUGCAUUGACAUUGAUGAGUGCCGUUUGCAGACACACACCUGCUGGAAUGACAGUGUGUGUGUGAACCUCCCGGGAGGCUACGACUGUGUGUGUACGUCUGGUCCGGGCUGCAGUGGCGACUGCACAGAGGAAGAAGGAAUCAGACGCAACGGAGAGGAUUGGAAACCCAGCUUUGACCGCUGUGCUAAAUGCUCCUGCAAGGACGGGCAAACGUACUGCAGAAGGAGACCCUGUGACUGUGGAGACUCAGAGGAGGACCUGUUCUGCUGUCCCGGCUGUGACAACAGGCCCAGCAGCCAGUGUCUGGAUCAGAGCGGACGCACACUCUAUCGCAGCGGAGCGUCCUGGCAGUACGGCUGCCAGCAGUGCCGCUGCAUGGAGGGGGAGGUGGACAGCUGGCCUCUCGUCUGCCCCGUGUUGAUGUGCGAGUACACGGCGGUGGCGGAGGGCGAGUGUUGCCCGCGCUGCGUCACAGACCCCUGCCUGGCAGACAACCUGUCGUACGACAUCCGGCAGACGUGUCAGGACCCCGCAGGUGCCGUCCGCCUGAGCGGGGACACAUGGCAUAUGACCAACUCACCCUGUACUAACUGCGAGUGUAAGAAUGGGAAUGUUUGCUGCUCGGUGGAUCUCGACUGCCUUCAGAACAACUAAAGCUCUCCUCGUCCUGUCCUCUCACUGCCACGCCCCCACCUCCAUCUGAUGACGCUCCCUUUGGAUUCAUAUAACAGACUCACGCACACACCUGUGCAUGCCAGUGUUUGCACCGAAAAUACAAGCAUGCACUGGAAAGACUGGGAUGUGAAGGCUGUGCUUUUAUGCCGUGACUCGACAAACAGCUACACAGUCACUGUGUUGUGUAUGUGUCUUUGUGUUGUUUCCAUUUCACUAAAUGUCUUAAGGAAGCGUGUUUAGCAUGUCUCAAAUCUGAAAACAGAGCAUCAGAGUGCUGUCGUAAGGGAAAGGAUUCAAAACAGAAUAGACUAUGAGAUGUUCCGGCUGUCCGUGUUGCAAAAUGUAGAAGUUGUCAUAAAACAUUCAUCAUUGUGGUAACACAAAAGUAAUCCACCCACAUUUGAUAUGGUUUUCUGGGAAGCAGAAAAUAGUUUGAUGAGGAUAUCACAACUUUGGGAAAGCUAGAAAAAUACCUCAUCUGUAAUUUGCCCUAAAAGUACAGAUUCUGUCUGAUGCGUUUCACACUCAGGCCACUAUGAAUAUCAGGGCCAUAGUAUGAAAUGCUUCCUUUUAAUAAUGAAGUUCUCAAUUCUUUACGUGUUACUGGCACUUUGAGUUUUUACAAGCAGCACCAGGACGCAUCAUUAGUUUUGGUCUCUGUGAGGCAGAUCAUGUCAGGUGCAGUCUUGAAGUGUCACAGUGAUUUGAUUGUGAAGUGCUUGUCGGACCAUCAAGCAGUGUCUCAGUGUUGGAAAUGGGAACAAAUCUUGUUAAGAAACCAUUUAGGCUUUUUCUUGUCUCAUGUUUGGUUGUCUGGAAGUGUUCACUGUUAGCCCCAUUUGUAGAAUUCACUGUCUCGCCCCUCUCUGUAAUUGCAGACCUGAGGGUGUCCGUGGUUUGUUUCAAACAACCCCCAGCCUUCAGUUACUUUAAUUGUCCUGCCUUUGUGAGUCACAUCCAUCAGAUCCAGGCUCUGAAUUAGGACAUAGCUGGGUACCACUUUACAAUAAGACUACCCUUAUAAAGGAUUCAUAAAGGGUUUAUAAAUAGGUUAUGAAUUAGGUGGUAAACACUUUAUUAAUCAUUAAGAACCAUUUAUAAACCAGUUAUAAAAUAGUUUUCAUACAUCAACACAGGCUCACUAUUUGGCAAGAUGACUAAGCCUUAUAUUGACUACUUUGCUUACUUCGUCUUCUUCAUCAGCCACAUCCUUGGUAUUUGUUGUUCACUGAGUUGAUUCCCCCCCUUCCAUCUUGAUGUUUCUUGGCAUCUUUUUAUGACCAUUUAUUUAUGAGUUACUAACAUUUAUAACUGCCAAAAGGGAGACUUGUAAAGUGUAAAACACAUUCCCAUUUAUUAAUGAGUUACUACCAUUUCUAAUAAGGCUUAGUUAGCAGUACAGAUAAAUGUGGGCUCACUAUUUGGCAAGCAACCGGUCACAGUUGCCCUGUUUAUCUCAUGUCUUAUAAAAGCUUAUUAAUGAUUUAUAAAGUGUUCAUAACCUAAUUAAUAAAGGAAUUAAAAACUAUUCGUAAACCCUUUAUAAGGGUAGUCUUAUUGUAAAGUGGUACCCAUAGCUGUUGUCUGUUGAGCCAUUAACGCUGCCGUCCCUCAGCCUCAGAGUCUCCUCUCUGAUGUGAUUGACUGCCAGUCAUAACAAGUUAUGAUAUCAAAAGCCUGUGUAAGCAGUUCAAUGGUGAACAAAAGAUCCCUGCAGGCUAGAUGAAGCAGCAGUCGUAGCUAUUGUUAAAAUCUUCAGAGCUCGUGUGGGUCAGACUUCUCUGGCGUCUCCCUGGGCUACUUAGCUCUGAAGCAGAUGGCGCACACAGAGAGUAGCAGAGAGAGAGAGAGAGAGAGAGAGAGAGACAUACCAAAAGAGAAAGAGCAGGAGGGUGGGUGUAAUUAAAGCCAUGUCAAGCAGGCCUGGAUUUGAGUAUGCCAGGAGGUCACCAAGUGUUGAAUUUGUUUACAGACGGCAAGGCUUAAUAAGGCCGGAGAGUCUGGUGCACUUCACACUUUCACAGCUCUGACGCUGCAGUUGUUCCCCCCGUCCUCACCUCUCUCCAUUAUCCAAAAGCUUGUCUCAAAACGUUUCCCUCAAGUGUCGUUGUUAUCACCCUGUGUGUCCAUCACUGUCUGUUUUUUUGCUUCCACUACAGACAACCAGGGGGUAUUUCCAACGCUGUCUCAAAAGUUUGUUAAAAUAGAGCAAACUUUGAAAUGCGAACUACAUGUUGGGGCCAUGAAUUAUGCUUCAACCAUGAAAUGAUUACCUGAUAACAGCAGCGUUGUAGAUAUCAGGACUUUUUCUUCCUCUUCCAGGAGAUGCUGCCUCAGAAUGAAAAACUGCCUCCACAGAUUGAGAUAAUCCUUCAGAGUGAAAAUGAAACCUUCAUUUGUUUUCAUCAAAGAUCAUUUUCUAUGUAAAGCGAACCGGCUGGAGUUCUUAAGAAAAAUGAUGUAUCAAAGUCAGGAACACUGUGAAUCCUAGCACACUAACUUGGAGACAUUUUUAAGACAACAUCUAUCAGUAGGCAUGGAACUCACAUCUGUGCCCACCUCGCCAUGUGGUUUGUGUGACUAUAAAACUUAACGUGAACCACUAGCUACCACAUCACUCUAUCAUAGCCAAAAACAGUGCAUAUAGAGCACCUUUUAAAUUAGUGACAAGAAACAAACUCAAAUAUGAGCAUGCCAUAGGUCUCUAAAGGCAGGAAAUGACUCACUUCUGCAGACUCACUUCUUGAAUGUUAUGGUUCAAUAUCACAAUAAUUUGUCAUGUCUCGGAAACUUAUGAUGAAAGUCUAUUCUUUAUAUUAGUUUUGUCAUGUCCCUUUGUUCUGUGCCCUCUGUCUUAUUGUGAAAAGUUAUUCUCCCUCUCGUUUCAGAACUCCAUGCUCCCCGCCCCUAUGUGUCUCCUGUGUUCGUGAUUGCUUACCCCGCCCUGAUUGUUUCCACCUGUUCCCCUCACCUUGUGUAUAUAUUGUGUUAGUCCCCACCUGUCCAGUGCCAGUUCGUUUCUUAUUCAUGACCACGUUCAAGCCUGCUCCGUGGUCGUAUCCUGUUUUCUCAUGAUCACGAUUAUUGCAUUUAGUUUUUCCUCGGAAGAGUGAUUUUUUGUUUCUUGUUUUUGUUACUGUGUUAAUUCCAGUAAAGUCUUUAUUUUUGAAUACCACCCGAGUCUGAGUCUGAGUUGUGCAUUUGAGUUCAUGCCUCUGAGUUCACCCCUUGACAUAAUUUCCUCUGGUAAAGAGUCAAUCUAAAUGAAAUGAUCUUGUCAUUUUCACCGCUAGUGUGAGUUCAGUUGUGUCUUCAAUGCCUACACUAGCUGUAAAGGGAAACACAUUGAUGUAUUGAUUAGGUGACUUUGGUCUUAGGAGUUUAAAAUAAGUCUCCCCUGUUCUAAACUUACACGAUAAUGUCACACUAGAUUUUGUUUCUGGUCGUGUUUCGAACAUAUUUGUCCUCCCUGUGUGCUGUAACUUUGGGAAAGUUGAUGCUGGUUGUUGAACCUCUGAAGGGGACAGUUGCAUGCAGCGAGGUGUGCCGCCCCUCUGACCCCUCAGACACAAUAUCCUCAUCUUUGUUUGCCACCACAUCUGUUUGUGUCUCACUUGAGCAUUCUUCCCUGUACUGUCCUCCAAAGUCACUAUGCCUCUUGUAAAACUAAAAAGGUCAACUGUGCACAGAGUACGGUGGCACAAAAGAAAAACAAGUGAUGUAAAUUAAAUCUGUACCCAUCAACACAGCAAUCAAAAGCAGACAUUUGUACAAAGGAUCACUGAAAACGAUGUUUUUGGAUUGCUCUGUUGAUUGAUUUGAUAUGGAAUAUAAUGACUACUGUACAACACUAUUUGCAAGUCUGUGUGUAAAUGUUUUUACAUACUAACAAUAUGAUACAAUUAUACAGUUUUUUAAUUAUCAUUGUGUUCAUGAAUAACAUGUUAAUUUCAGUGACUACUUUUUGUGGGAUAGGCUCUGUUUUGCUGUAAAUACUGUGUAAAGUGAAGGGUUCUGUAAAGAGAGUACGAUUAUGUGAAUAAUUCUCACUACCACAGCUUCUUAGGAUUUGAGAGUUGCAUGUCGAUUAUGACAGAGAAGCAACAUUUCUAUUGUUUUUACUAUUUCUUUAUUUUUCUAUUCUUGCCUUAACCCUUUUAUAAUUGGUCAUAGUUUAAUGUCUUUUCACCGUUUGGCAACAUUAGACAACAUUAUGUAUUUGACUCGCCUGUGUAUACAGAUUUCUGAUCAGUGUGUCCCAGACAGAUCUGAAGAAUUUUGAAUUCCAGAUGUAGACCAGCAUCAGUCCCAGGAUUCUUUGCAAAUGGACGAAGAGCCCGGACAGACUUCACUUCACACGUUUUUAUUUUUCCAACACAUGUCUGUAUGAACUGAACUGUCUUAAUAAGAGCCCGAAAAUAGAACUAUGUACACAUGUAAAAAAAAAUCUAAUAUUGAAAAUGACAAUGUUGUUCUUGACUCAGUUCCUACAAAAAAAGCAAGCCAUUGUGUUUAAUGUCUGACUUUUUAAAAGAAGCAGUUUUGGACCUUCUAGAUCCUAGAUGUUCAUGUUUUUGAUAGAGGAACACGGCGGAAGAAUCCUCCAGGUCUGUUCAUUGUUUAUUCUCCAGAUCAAAGUGGCCAACUUUAUUGUACCCAAAGGGUUAAGUGUCAUUUGACUUGAAGACUGUGUCGUGAUAAGAGUUUGCUGUUAAUAAAUAUUUUAGUUGUUUACUUUA